AUGGCAAGCAUAGAAGUAUUACCCGACCUCUAUCCUGAGAUCGAGCCUUAUGAUACUGGUUUCUUGAAAGUCUCCGAUCUCCAUACUAUUUAUUACGAGCAGAGCGGCAAUGCAUCAGGCAAUCCGGUGAUCUUUCUACAUGGAGGCCCCGGAGGUGGAACUUCUGGAAAUGAUCGUCGCUAUUUCGAUCCAGAGAGCUAUAGAAUUAUCUUAAUGGAUCAGCGAGGUUGUGGGAAAUCAACUCCUUUUGCUGAACUACAAGACAAUACGACGUGGACUCUUGUUGAAGAUAUUGAAUCUCUACGAAAGCAUUUAGGAAUAGAAAAAUGGGUUGUUUUUGGCGGAAGCUGGGGAUCAACACUAUCUUUGACUUACGCUGAAGAACACCCAGAUCGUGUUAAAGCGCUCAUUCUUAGGGGAAUUUUUACGCUUAGAAGAAAGGAAAUUACAUGGUUUUAUCAAGAAGGGGCAUCGACUCUCUUCCCUGAUUUUUUCGAAGAAUUCGUUGAACCAAUACCUGAGGUUGAGCGCGGAGAUUUGAUGGGUGCAUAUCAUCGCCGUUUGACUGGCAAUGACGAAGAGGUCAAAUUACGAUGUGCACGCGCAUGGAGUAAAUGGGAAAUGUCAACAGCAAAAUUAUUAGUAGACGAUGAAGUCAUUGCUCGUGCAGAAGACGAUCAUUUCGCCAUCGCGUUUGCUCGCAUUGAGUGUCAAUUCUUCGUUAAUGGCGGAUGGUUUAAGGGUACAAAUCACGUUCUAGAUAACGCCGAAAAGAUUCGACAUAUUCCUGGUGUCAUUGUACAAGGACGGUAUGAUGUCGUAUGCCCGUUCAAGACUGCAUGGGAUCUACACAAGAGAUGGCCAGAAGCUGAAUUUCAUGUCGUUCCCGAUUCUGGGCAUAGUGCUCGUGAAAAAGGCAUAGCCGGAAGACUUGUGGCAGCUGCUGAUAAAUUUCGCAAUAUUUAGGAAGGAACCAACCUUAAUUUUAACAUCAAAUCAUUGAAGAUGUACCAGUAUAGCAUUCUAUCUACAACAAGCCAUUCAUAUUAGUUGAUACUUGAACAGCUAUCAAUUUAGCCUAAUGACCAUAUCUUGUGAUUGUAGCAACGUAAUAGUAACUUGUGGAAAAUAUAAUGCCAUUGUUUCUAGAUAUCCAUGAUAUUAGGUCAUGAUGAAUAUUUACACUUGGAUUGAUGUCUGUAGUGAAUUUACUAGAGAAAAUGUGUUAUUCCAUAACUACGAGUAAUGUCUUGCAAUUUAUUUUCUUAUUCUUUUAGUACAAAAAAAUUUGUUCCAUGUGUUCAAAAAUUUAUUUUAUUCUACCGUAGUCGCUAUCUGAUCGUGUUCGAUUUUAGUUAGCAACACUCAACUUGAUGACGUUAUAAUAUUUUAAUAUUGACUUAAGCUAAAGUAUUGCCAUAACUUUACUGGCAUCAUCUACGAUAUCAGUAUACGACAUGAGUCUGACAUGGGCAUACUUCUUUCAUGUGAAUGAGUAAUUCAACUUAAAAUUGCGUUCUGAAUUAAAACUAUAGUUUUCAAU